AUGAAGUUCAUCUCUGUUAUCGCUCUCCUAGCCCCCACCGUCCUGGCCGCGGGCUGGAUCGAACUCAUCCAGGAAAAGUGCCCUGAUAUACCAAAUCGGUGCCUUGAUAUUGCUAAGGAGGCCCAUGACCCGGUGUUUGAUAUCGUUGCAGCUACAAAAGCUACACAGACCCUGCCGGGUUGUAACCCGGCCUAUCUGGAAUGUAUCAAAAAUAUGGAUGAUACUUAUGAGCCAGGCGCUACUCAAGGAAAUCCCGUUACAUGCGUCCUACAAAUUGCGCCUGAUCAUUUCAAGUACUUCCUCGACAAUGACAGCGCUGAGAUACCGAUUCCGUCUAACCAAAACUGUCCAUUGCGAGAGCUGCACCGCGUAGCGCACGUUGAACUGGGUUCCUUGGCAUAA